GAGCAAUUGACAUCUGACAGCAAAAAAAAUUUACAAUACAUGGCAAUACCACGCAUUAAAUGUCAAUGCCAUGUCAUAGAACUGUCACUUUGUAUUGUCAAUUUCUUUUCCUUUAAAUUUGUCCCCUGAGAGAAGCAAAAAUGGGUCGUUACUCUCGGGAACCAGAUAAUCCAGCAAAGUCAUGCAAAGCCCGUGGCUCAAACCUCCGUGUUCAUUUUAAGAACACAUAUGAGACAGCAAUGGCGAUUAGGAAGUUACCACUCCGUCGUGCUGUCCGUUAUCUAAAAAAUGUUGUAGACAAGAAAGAGUGCAUCCCAUUCCGCCGUUUCAACGGUGGUGUAGGCCGUUGUGCACAGGCUAAGCAGUUUGGAACCACGCAGGGCCGCUGGCCGAAAAAAUCAGCUGAGUUCCUUCUUCAAUUGUUGAGGAAUGCAGAGUCAAAUGCAGAUUACAAAGGUCUGGAUGUUGACAGGCUUGUCAUUGAUCAUAUUCAGGUAAACCGCGCUCCGUGCCUGCGCCGGCGUACUUACCGUGCUCACGGUCGUAUCAACCCUUACAUGUCGUCUCCGUGCCACAUCGAAGUUUGCCUGAGUGAACGCGAGGAUGCAGUCGCUCGCGCGGCGCCUGCCGACGACGCGCCCGCUAAAAAGAAACUCUCCAAAAAGAAGCUUGCACGCCAAAAGGAAAAGAUGAUGAGAGAAUAGACAUUUAAGGGUUAAUAAAUGACUUACCACAA